GUUUUCUUCUUGAAAUUUGAAAUUAUAACGAUUGUUGUUUGUGGUUGUUUUUGUUUUAGUUUUAGUUUCAUAAAUAGCUAAUUAUUUAACAGCUUUAGUUCGACCAGACUUAAAAAAAUUUCACAUUAAUUUGAAUUUUGAAUUAUUUGUUACUCUGUUCAAAAUGCUGCCAACUAGGUAUGUUCCUGGUCAAUCGUCAGUUAUGCGAAAAUCAAGAUUGGAGGGAAAGCCGUCGUUAUUGCCGAAGCCCCGGCGGCCGGGUUCCACUGAUCGCUUGUCGGCGGAAGCUCGCCGUCCUAGUACUACUGGCCAGCGAUCCAGCAGUGCCGAACCAAGAGGCACUUUUGGCCCAGGGCGUUUGAGUAGAGAAGCUUCACAAACUAAAAUCCAAUCAAAUGGGAGGUCACGUUCACAGCAAAGUGAACGCUUUGGACAGACAUCUAUGACACCAUUAAGAUCCAGUCAUUACAGUGUCAGACCCACUACUACACCUGUUAGAACUCCAUCUGAAGAUCGUUCAAGUCGCAGUUGGCAGACUUCUCUUGAUAGAGCUCUUGCUUUUGUCACAAUCAAGGAUCAAAGGCCCAUAUCUAACGCGGGUUGGCAGCGGGCAGAAUUAGCCCGUGUGCAAGAGGCACUAUCGCGUCGCGGGGGGGCGGGGUCGGAGGGCGGUGGCAUGGCGCUGAUCCGGCCGCUUACCAUUGCACGUUUCGUGGACAUCGCCGGAGCCCUACUUAACGCCAUCACGCGCGACGCCAAACUCAACAACGACAACUACGUCACUAAGUUGCCGCACCUGUCCAAGCGUCUGCUGUAUCCGGGUACAGUGUCAAAGUCCUGGCUGAAGACUGUAAACACCUUGCAUGCGUUUCCACACGCGCUCGCGCUCAUCGCCUACCUGCUGGAUCUAGCUAACCAUAUUGAGAUGCCAGUCUCAGAUGAUUGGUUAUAUGUCGGAAAAGACGAACUGGCCCAGCUGAGACGUGACUAUUUGUACAAGUGUUGGAUCAGAUUCCAAGAUCCAGGUCAUCAAUUUGAAGAUUUAAAUGAGGAAUAUUUAGAGAACUUGAAAGUUCUGCUAGGCAAUGAUGAGGAGAAGAUUAUGGAGUUGCAACAGAUCAUAAACAAGUAUACGGCGUGCCUGGAGGACGAGGUGGAGGCGGCGGCGCGCGAGGACGAAGCGCGCCGAACGAAGCGCAGGGACGCGCUCCUGGCGGAAGUACGCGCCGUACGCGCCGCACGCGCCGCACUGCGCGCCAACAUCGCCACCGCGCACGCACACAAGCACGACCUCACGCUGCAACACCACCACCACGACCAGGACAUAGAGCGCGCCACUUUGGAGAGCCAGCAGCUGAAGCGUGAGCUGGAGGAUCAGCCGCUGAGCAUGUCCGAAAGGGCGCGUCUCCUCGACGAGAUAGACUACGCCCAUCGCGUGCAGGACUCCAAGCGGUCCCUCGCGCAACAGAUUGAAAAGAUGGUAGCCAGUAAGGAGGUCGAGUUGGCUCAAUGGCAGAUGAAGACACUGGACAGUUGCGUGGAGUACAAACAGGGUCUCAUACACCUCACCGCAGAGUUCCCUGAUCUUGCUUCACUCGCUAUAGACGAAAAGGAGUUGAUGGGCGUGGAGUGUGCAGCGUUGGUGUCGAGGGCGGUGGAGGCUCUCAAGGACAAAGCCGCCGACCUCAACAACAAGCGCGCCCUCCUCGCGGCACAGCGGACCAAGCUCACCAGGCAUCGCACCAAUCUUAUGGAGGAGGCUCGCGCUAAAAUAGCAGAAUUAAAGAGUAGCAUAGAGCGGGAACAGCACGCACUAGAUGAGGAAACUAACAGCGAAGUAACGGAAGCUGCCGCGUGCAGCGACGAGCUCGCCGCCAUCAACGCGACGCUUGAAGCGCUGCGAGCUAACCAAGCAGAGUACAAGAGGAUCGAAGCCGAACUAGAAUUCUGGGAGAAACAGGACGCUUUAUGGCAAAGCCAGCUGUCGUCGCUUCGAGAAUAUAUAGCAUCUCAACGGGCAGAAGUCCCACGUUUAUUGGAAGAGGCGUGCGCACGUCGUGUGAAAUUGAUCAAGAAUGCUGUUACUACUUGGCAAACGAAACUCGAAAGGAGUAUCCAUACUAACGGGACCAAUUGAAGAACAACUUAAAGUAAUGCUAACAUGAUUGACAAUCAGUCUUAUCGCAUUAACUCUGUAUCCUAUGAAAAGGUAGAACCUUUUUACCAAGCAUGAUUGCGAGUAAUAACGUUUUGAAAAUACAGCAGGGGAAUUAUCUAGGGUCGAAAAUGAAGUAAAGUCAAGCUAUAUAGUAUCAUAUUUUACUCCAAUGAGAAUAUCAAACUCGUGAACCACACAAUAACAUGUAGACAUGGAUGAUAGUAGUCUGAAAUAAAAUGUCUAAAAUAUUUUAAUAAAUUAUUUGAAGUUUUUUAAUUAAUGUUCCAAUGUAAUUUAUCAAAUGAUUUGAUUGCCGAGGUGUAAUAUUAUACUUAGAAUUAAUAUCUCCAGUGAUCAUUCUGAUCCACAUUGCCUAUGCUAAUUUAUAGUUGUAGUAAAAAUAUUUUGUACAUAUUAUUUAAGCUUGUUUACAAUAAAUUUGUUUUAUG